AUGCACCCCAAAGCCGUCCGCCAAGGGAGCCAAGAAAGCCGCGAAGAGCCAGAAGGCCAGCCGUACUGGAGACAAGAAGAGGAAGCAGCGGUAAGGAGAGCUACUCGGUCUACAUCUACCGUGUGCUCAAGCAGGUGCACCCCGACACGGUGUCUCCUCGAAAGCAUGUCGAUCAUGAACUCGUUCGUGAAUGACGUUUUCGAGCGCAUCGCUGCUGAGGCAUCUCGUCUGGCGCACUACAACAAGCGUUCGACGAUCUCGUCUCGCGAAAUCCAGACUGCUGUUCGACUGAUCCUCCGAGAGACUCGCCAAGCACGCCGUCUCCGAGGGCACCAAGGCCGUCACCAAGUACACCUCAAGCAAUCCUGGAUGAACAAGGGAUGGAUAGAUCGACCCUGUAGAGUGAAGAUUUUUGGAGAAAAAAUGUAG